CAGCACAUUAUGUGUGCCGCACAAACGUGUGUGUGAGUGUACUGCUUUCAGUUCCAAACUACGCGGUCCGUCGAGCUCAGGCCGUCAUUCAAUACUCUCCCGAUAUCGUGAUAUUUUUUCCGCUAAUUUGUUAGCGGUGGUACUACGCGGCCUAACCUUACUUUUGAAAAGCGCGCUCUUUAUUUUUCGGCCUUACGUAAUUUGUUUAAAGGACCACGACGCGAGUGACAGGUGAUUCAUUGAAUUGACGGAUAUUUGAAAGGACUUUGUUUUGACCGCGAAUUGGCCUACUUUUUUUUUGAACAAUUUGUGGAUUGGUCCUUAUCAAGGGAAUUAUGCAAAACUGGCUGGUCACUUAGGAGAAGUGCCCUACGAAACAGCCGUGGGCUGGUCAAAGAGUCACUAUCCUGCAGCCACAAGUCCUUGGCCUUCGAGCAUAAGGCAUUCUCGAUAUAGUGACGAUGGAAUUAUGGAGCAGGACAUGAUAGACGGAAAUGGUGCUAUCAACCUUUCUACGUCACAACGGCCGUCUGCUGCUACGACUCCAAACGACAGUGUACAUCAAGAUGACGUCGAACAGCAGGCGGCAUCCCUAGAGAAAGUUUUGAAGGAACAACAGCAACACCAGCAACUAGAGUUAGAAAGAAGUGGUUGGGACCAAGACAGGGGAGAAAGAGAUCUAAAAGGAAAUGGUAGUAUUAGCCCACAAAGCUCAGAGCCGCGAGUUCAAAAUGAUUCUCCUUUGUCGGCACCGGAGUCGCAGAAAAAUCUUAGCGCUACCAUUCCACAAGUUUCACAGGCGGAGUCGAAACUAGGUAAUGAGUAUACCCCUUAUAGUCAAUCUCAAAGCUUAGGGCCUCAAAUGAUGUCUUCUCCGGCUUCAAAUUUGCAUCAUAUGCAACAAUUAUUACAGCAGCACGUACUAAGCCCUACGCAACUACAAAAUCUUAUGAAACAGCACACAAUUCUUCAGCAGCAACAACAGCAACAUCAGCAUCAUCAGUUAGCAGAAUUGAGUAAAAAACAGAUGGAACAGACCAUGCAGCAACUGCAAGAACAGCUACAAUUGAAUCUCAUUCAGCAAACACAUAUCCUGCAGAAUUCUGAUAAAAAGAAAGCAUCGGGAUCGCUACAACAGCUUGGUAUUCAGCAACAACAAAUAAUUCAACAGCUACAGCUAGUUCAAAGGCAGUACGUUGUUCAUCAAGGUAUGGGUAUGCAGCCACUAAUGAUUGCUCAAGGACAAGGAUUAAAUUCACGAGAUGUAAUGAGCCCUUGGAAAGAAAUGAAUGAUCAGCAGCAUGUGAUCAACAAUAAACCACCUACUGAAAUUAAUGAAAAUAAUCCAGGACUGCUCAGUAUACAAAGUUCGCUCACGGAAGAAAAGUCUGGUAGAGCAGUGACUCCAGAAAGAAAUCAUCAUCUGCUUUAUGGACAUGGAGUUUGUAAAUGGCCAGGCUGUGAGACUAUUUGUGACGAUAUACAGGCAUUUAUCAAGCAUUUAAAUACAGAACACACCUUAGAUGACAGGUCUACCGCGCAGGCCCGUGUGCAAAUGCAAGUAGUAUCUCAAUUAGAGCUUCAGUUGCAAAAAGAAAGAGAUCGAUUGCAAGCGAUGAUGCAUCAUUUACACUUAUCCAAACAGCUAGGUUCUCCCGAUCCCCAUAAAGAAUCUAUGGGACCGGUGCCACCAAAAAUGCCGGUUAGUUCGGCGGUACCACCUCCUCCUGUAAAUAUGGGUCCCAUGGUAUCAGCGGUACGAUCGCCAGUACUACAUUCGCCAGCUCAGAAUGUAACAGGCCCCAUUAGAAGAAGACUGAGCGAUAAAUCAGCUCUGUCAUUGGCAGGCGAAAUCCAAAGAAAUAGAGAAUUUUACAAAAACGCUGACGUUAGACCACCUUUUACAUAUGCCUCGCUUAUCAGACAGUCGAUCAUCGAAUCUCCUGAUAAACAACUUACACUUAAUGAAAUUUACAAUUGGUUCCAAAACACAUUUUGCUAUUUCAGGAGAAACGCUGCCACGUGGAAGAACGCAGUUCGCCACAACCUGUCGCUCCACAAGUGUUUCAUGCGCGUGGAGAACGUGAAGGGGGCCGUGUGGACCGUUGACGAGGUGGAGUUCUACAAAAGGAGACCGCAGCGGUGCUCCUCGGGACCACUCACACAAACUGUCGUCGGGGGUGCUUCGUCUAAAAGUCCAACAAUGAACCAUAGCCCUACGCUAUAUGCGGAUCAUAUGUCGGCCAAUCAGUUUAUACAAGCUUCGCUCAUGGAAGAGAAUAGCCUUUCCUUUUUGACCAAUCCACCUAUGCUACCAGGACGACCAAGAGAUAGAUCAGAAUCCCCACAACAUGAUCAUCAUAUCAGGUCGCCAAUGAAUGGAGGUCCGCACAUAAAACAGGAAUUAGCGAAUCAAGAUCACCACAUUGUGAGAGAACCAGAAUCAAUGCAUCACCUGAUCAAAAGAGAGAUGCUUAAUGAUGCAUACGACGACAUGGAUCAAGAGCACCAAUCUGAAAAUAUGGCAGAAGAUCUGACAAUAUCUUCAGAUCAUGCCGAUCAUCAGACAAAUAUAAUUGACGCAUAGUAAAUAUCGGUGAUGUGUGAUAGACAUUAAAACACAAAAUGGAUCUCGAAUUUCACAGACUCAUAAAAAUGCCGAUUUUAGGUUAGGUAGUUGAUUUUUGGAAAAUCUUCCCGUUGGGUGAAGAAUUUUUUUGUACAUUUCUGUGUAAAUAAAGUGUUAACUAUAGCGAAAAAGUACUGUUACUUGUUUAGGUACGAAAUCAGAUACUGAAUAGGCAGGUUGAGAUACAACUUGAGUUUUUCUAUAUACAGGGUUAUUUGUUAAUAUUAUGGUGAAAUGUAUCCAUUUUUGGCUAAGCCAAAUAAUUUCGAACAUGUGGGCAUCGUGAAUGAGAAAAAACGUUUAUUUUAUAAUAAACUUUAAAUAUGUUUUAUGAAAUAUAAGUGGUAUGAACAAUGUUAUGAUGCAAGAUGCGAGGAUAGUAUUAAAAUUAUCCCUUCAAUCCGUUUUCUUAUUACAAAAUUAUUCUCGUAUUAUGAAAAACUAAAACGUUAAUUAAUAUUUUCAUUUUCGAUUAGACAACGAAAAUUAAUUUUGAAAUUAACAGGGUCGUUUGUUAAUAUUGUAGUAAUAUAAGCAAUAUUCAAUUUGGCUGAGCCAAAAAUUAGAAGGAAAAACGUGUAAGUAAAGAAUAAUAACGUUUCGUUUAGCAUAUCAGUUUUUGCUAUGUGGCGCCUCAUAAGUAUACAAUGGUGCAAAAAAAAUUGUAUGCGAAAAUAAUAUUUGUGUUUAAAACUACGGUUGCGCUCAUAUAGUGAUGUAAAAUAAGCAAUACUGUAAAAUACUAUCGUUAAGCCGAUAUGCUAUAUAAAUUAUCUUUACAAAAGGAAAAAUAUUCCAUAUCAUUAUCUAAAAUAAAAGCAUAUAUCAGUGUAUAAAAGAGUAGAUAAAUCUGUUCCACUUUAGGUCUCCUUUAAAUUUUUAAUAUUCUUCUGUCGACCCAAUUCAACAGGCAGUAUUUUUUUGUUGUACUUUUACAGGGUGCCCAAUAGGGACAAAUGUUAUUUCUAUGCACCAAUAUUCAAAAGCUGAUAUAGAGCAAAUUUUUCAAUAUUGCAUUUAGAGUAAAAAAAUUUGCAGAGUCGACGUCUCCUUCAUUUCUAUCUGCAAUGAUCUCAAAUGUUUUAAUAAUAAUUUUCUAGAAAACAAUGCAUUUCAAACGAUAAUUUAAAAAUUGUUUAUAUUUUGCCUAUAUUAGUUUAAGAAUUUAUAUUCCUAAUAAAUUAAUUAUUAUUGCGCACACAGAAUAAAAAUAGACUGAUGGAAUUUAAUCUUUCACCCUGUAUUAGUUUUUAAAAAAAUCCAAUGUUUGCCAAAUAAAUUUGCCAUACAAGGUGUGCAUAAAAAAAAAUAGAUGUUUAUCUUUAAGUUUUUCAAAUGUAUUUCUGUUAGCGCUAUUCAAAAACAGCUAGAAAUUUUAUACACACCCUGUAUAUUUUGUGAUAGACCUUCUUGUUUAUUGCUUUACUUUCUUCACAAAGUAGGUAUUUUAUUUAAUUAGUUUAUUCAUUUUUAUAUAGGAUGGAAAUCGAUCGACAGCGAUUCUGUUGUUUAUAUCUAUUUUGUAUUAUAAGCAGUGGCAAAUUUAUAAAAAAUGCCAACAUAUCAAUGUAGACAAAGCAUGGCAUAUAUUUCUGCUGUAUAAGGCUACUGUAUUGAACAAUAUGGCGAUAGAUCGAUUUUUAUCUCAUAAUUUCCUAAUUUUUGUUUCGCUAUCCAAAAACAUUUUCUGAGAUUUAUUAUUGGAAUAUAAAAUAUAUAAUGAGUCUUUGAAAAUUUAAUUUAUGGGACAACAGCAUCAAAAUGUCACUAUUUUAUUUAGAUGAACCUUUUUUUGGAUAAAUUUGUUAUACAUGGGUGUCCUUGAACCCGUACUGCAUCUGUCAGGUGCGUAACUACUUUUCAAGAAAAUGUAUUUCUUUACACUUUAUCGGAAAUAUUCCAAUUCCUAGAAGUGGAUAAAUUGCAUGCCUUCCUAUCUCGAUUUUGCUACACUUAUGUGGUAAAUAACUUUAAAUUUAAACUUAAUUCAUUUUGCUUAUCAAAUAGAUACCAAUUAAGCUAAUUGAUAGAUAAAUACCUGGGAGCUGAUGCGCUAUUUGAAGGACACCCUGAAUAUUUAAAAUAAAAAAAUAAUUCCUAAUUAUUGUACCUUAUAUUAUGUUCUAAUGUUUUUUCAAAAUUUGUUUGUUUAAAGAAUUAGGUCAGUUAAUUUCUACCUAUAAGUUUUGGUGACAAUAUAACCUGUGCUGAGCAAAGUUUUCAGCAAUUUCAUUGAGUUAUUCAUCGUUUUUUUUUAUCCGUCCUUCGCUUUUCAGCACAAAUUAAUUUUUAAAAACAAUUCCUUGGUGAAGCUAUUCUGAUCCUGGAUCAUGUUAUUUAAACCUAAUUAUUUUUUUGUAAAUACAAUAUAUUUUUUUUAAAUCUUUUGAGAACAAGUUACUCCUAUACUUUUACAUAUACAUGGUAUUUCCAAAAAAGUUGUAACUUAUUGAUUAUUGAUGUAAAAGUAAAUAAAUUAAAGAAAAAAAAAACCCGA